GCCGAGAAGAACAAAAAUCAGCAAACACUUAGUGUUCAGCACUGACCCAGAAUCUGUUAAAGAUGAGUUCGCAUUUGACAACCCCGGCUUUAAACAAGAGGAAAAGGGUUGGCAACACGACGCACCAACCCUGCCUAUGGGGGGCAAGACCCACGCUUUACAAGCCGAGUUUAUAAAGCCUGAGCAGAGUAAAGACGACUCUUUCAUACAGCGAGCUCGUGUUAGAAGAGUUAAGCUGUGGGCAAGAGAUUUCACAGGCCUUGGGUUGACGUGCGGGGGAGGAGCCAAGGAUGGAGUCAGCAUCCAGUCGGUGCUGAGGAAUGGACCAGCAGCUGCUUCCAAACUACAACCUGGAGACAAAAUCAAGAGUAUCAAGAUAGAGUUCACCGGCACUCCAUUAGAAGAUGCAGUAGCUAUUCUCUCGUUGGCGUCUCCGUACCCAGUGGAACUUGAGGUCGUUGACGGUGGUAGGAUCAGCGGCGAGGGGUGGGGCGUGAACCAUCCAUUAAUGAAGAAAUCAGGAUCUACUAGCGAUGUUAAUACGCUGGAAAAAGAAGGCAAACUGCUACAUCCACCGAAGCCUACAGAAAACCACUCAAACAACUCAACCCUAGAAACAAAGCAUAGCAAAGGUGGGAUUAAAAAAAUACUAACUGAAAAAAUCAUUACUACAACCACCCUUGAAAGGAAUAAAAAAGACAAAAAAGAUCCCACAACUACGUUGGAAAGAGAAAACGAGAAAAAUUUAAAACUAGCAAACAAAACAAGACAUUCUGAUGUACCAUUGCAAAAUAAACCAGAAAGAAAUGAAAGGAACAAAAAUCGGCAUUCUGCAGAAAGUGACGUACAAAUAAUUCUACCAGAAAAUGGUAUCGCGUAUAAUAUAGAGCAGGCUGAAGUGCAAAAGAGAGAAAGUGAUCCUAAGAAAGCAAUGAAAUUUGGAAUUCGAGUUCUUCCUCCGAACGUACCUGAUGAUGGCGUUCUGAAACAGAAAACGGUUGAGAAUGGUGCUGUUAUUCUUGAGAAGAAAGCAAUAGAUGAACCUGAUAAACCUGAACCGCCACGGCCGGCACCAACAUCACAUUUCAAACUUGAAAACGAGGUUGAACUGAAAAAACCAGUUGUUGCUAAACGCAGAGAAAAAAUGGCACCCCCAAUACCAAAUGCAAGAGUGAAGUCAAACGAAUCUGACUCAAAUAUAAGCCAAGACUCGACUAAGAUUACUGACAUAUCUCAGUCUUCUUCUUUUUCUAGAAGUGAUAUGAACUCUAGUGGAAUUAAAAGAGACGAAAAUGGCAUUCCUCAAGAAUUACCUCAGCAUAUGUUUGACGCUGCCAAAGCUGCAAGAAGCAAUAGAAAGAGUUCCUCGGAACUACUUCCAGAUAAAGAGCAAAAGGCAGAAGAAGCACCAAAACCAUCCAAAAAAUCUAAAGGGAAAGCGCCUGCUCCUCCUGAAGCAGAAAGAAAUCGAAGUGAUGAUAGUAUAUUAGAGCAAAUGAAGAAUGUUGAUGAUUUUCUGAAAAAUGAAAAACAUCAUUCAAGUCUUCUUUUCGAUACGUCAGUAACAUCUAACAGAUCAAUGACGUCAUACCUCGACUAUAAUACCUCGACACCAAAAGUCAAUAAAAUUAAGUCACGCAUGGAAGAAUCAAUUAACUUCAGUCAAGAGGACAUUGAUGACAUCGUAUCUAAGCCCUUUAAAAGAGAAAGUGACUCUUUGAAUAAUUUCUUUGCAGAUUCAAAGUCGAAUCUAUCUUCAAAUCAAGAUGGACAUUCUGUGGUGUCAUUGAAUAAUAGCGACAAAAGUGAGAAAGGAUCAACUACUAUUGAACUUAAUAACAGUGAUAUAACAAUACAUAGUUCACCUCUUAAUGAAACAACUAGUUCGGGCUCAGAGGAAACUUGCACUCUGGAUGAAAGUGAACGAAAAGCAGCAUCUUUAGGAGAUCUUUCUAGAUUUGAACUAAGAUCUAAAACAGUAAAUCCAUCUACGGGUACACUAGAGAGAGCACAGAGCCUAGAUAUUUCUGCCGAUGACGCAGACAUACAAGAAAGCACAUUAUCUCCUAAGAAAAGAAAAGCAAUGUCUGUUGUUGAAACAACGUUCUAUGACUCUACCACAGAGACUGACACAUUACCUGAAAUAGACCCAGAUAAAGGGAUUGUGAUGAAACCAAAGGAGCCACGAUUAAGUCUCAACAUAGCGAAGACUUCCGCGAUUGAAGGAUUGAAUACAUUCCAAAGAAAUCGGCUUAAGAAAGCAUCGGAGUUUGGAAAUUUAGAAGACGCUAUUGUUAAAGGCUCUUCAAGUUCAAUAGAGUCUGACCAUCACGGUUCUCAAGAAAUACAUGUAAGACAAUCUCAAAUUAACUCAAAAGAAAUAACACAAGAAAGUGAGCAUGAAACGUCGGAUCAUUUAGCAAGAAGAAUAAUGGAUGAAAAUAUGAAGGUACAUUUAAAACUUGUGUCUGAAUUUGCAAAGUCAACAUCGGAUGGAAGUGGUAGGAGUUCAUUAGACAGUACACAAGAACAAAAUAGUACUACUGAAAGUAAUAUAAUAUCGCCUGUAAAAUACGACGAAAAAAUAACAAUGGGAUAUGAUACUAACAUUCCUGAUGAUAUGAAAAUGUCUCGAAACACCUACGUUAAUAGCUUAGAACGGCCAAAAUCGGAAAUGAUGAAAAAACUUCUUGCUAAAAAUCCUAUAUUUAAUGUCCACAUUGAUCAAAAUACUCAAAGACAGGAAGGAAGCAGCAAAGAAGCGUCGGCACCGAUGACCGAUUCAUUAAAAUCAUCAAUGCAUCAACCAGAUAUAGUCAACUUUGAUUUGAAAGCAUCUGAGGUGAAGACAAGAGAUUAUGACGAUUACAUCAGUAAUAUCAGAGUAGGUUCUAAUAAUAACAGCCUAAAAAUAAAUAAACGAUCUCAUGAAAUAGGCGCUGGUUGGGAUGAGAGUCAAAAUAAGCAAGAUAUUCAAAGAAACAAUGUAGUUACUAUAACGACAAAUGAAAAAACAAGUCCAACUGAACAAAAAACAACGUACACAAAAUCAAUUGAAAUUGGGGAGCCUAGCAUAAGACUAGUUCCGGAUUUAGUUGAAGGAAUAAAGAAAAAUGAUGAAAAAGAAAUUAGAACUCUAUACAUGGAACCUGGUAAUGUUUCAAUGACGAUGCAACAAGAGCCUACUCAAAAGACGGUGACACUAAAUGUCAGUGAAGAUGAAUUUGGAAACAAAAUUAUUAAACAAAACGUUGAACAAUUUUCAACAAAAUACAUCACAACGAAAACCGAAGCACCGAUACAAAUAGAACAGGUAACAUUUGGAAUGAUGAAAGGUUCUGGAAAUAUUGACGAAAUGGAAUUGGAAGAAGGGAAUAUUAAGGCUAUUGACAAAAAAGUUUUAGAUGAAAUAAAGAGACAAAAUCCGAAUAUACAUUUUUCUUCCGAUGAACCAUCGUAUACGAGAACUGAAACUAUAAUUCUAAACACAACAGACAUGGACGAGAAACAUGCGAAAAUGUUAAUGGAAAAACUUCAAAAUGAUCCUAGUUUCAUGGCACAAAAAUCACCUGAAGAAUUGUCAAGAAUGGGAAUCAGAGUCAUACAAGAAUUAGGUGAUAACCAAACACGCAGUGAAGAUGGGCUCGAAGUGACUAAAACGAGAUAUUCUAUAAAUCCUUCUGCCAUUGAACUAGAACAACAAUGUAAAAUAGAAUCUAAUGAAGGCAAAAAUGAUCACAUCACAGAAAUUAAUGUUACAACGCCAAGGAAAGAGAAAAUAACACAAAGAACGGAGAUAGACAAAGUUUCGAAUAGACAGCGUGUUACUCCUACUUACCAAGAACCGUUGCUAACUUACGAACUUGAUAUUGAACUACUUAAUGACUUCAUUUCAAAUGAACGAUACCAUUCGGCGAAACAUCUAGCUGAGAAAAAACGAACGACAACGAAUACAACCGAGCCAAAGAAACGCCAUUCAGAUUUCGAUCUACCAAGGAACAGUCAUAUCAAAUUCCGCACAGCUACAUACGAAUCUCCAAAAGGCACCAUAGUAACAAGCACAGAUUUGGAAAACAGACGGCUAUCACAAUUAGAUCAGAUGCAAUUAAGAUCGACGACAGAUCAGGUUUCACAAAAACCGUCUGUAUCAGUUAAACCGAGCAAUAUACCGGUUAAGGCUGAGAAAAAGCCCCUAGCUGGGUCUGUAACGUCGAAAAUACCAGUAUUCUCAACGCAGAAAUCUUUGAGUCAAGAAAAUUUGACGGAAAAAAUAUUUUCGCUUCCGCGUUCACCGCCGUUAGGCUUAAGCAGUAGUUCUGGUAACAUAUCUGUUACUUCUAUAAAAAGCAGUUCUAGAAGUCCUAGCGGAGGUCAAUUGUAAUUUAUAUAGUUGGUUAUGAAAACCCAAAAAAUAUAUUUGUGCAAAAGGUCAAGUCGAAAAUACAUACGCGUACAGCCAUCCACAAUUUUUUACCAACAUUUACUUCGUUAAGAACUUUUUUAAAGAUCAUAUAGGAUUGGUAGAAAUGACAGGACAUUUCGCAAAAACAAUCAGGUGACGUUUGUACUAUCAAUAAAAACCGUUUGGUAACUUUUUGUACAUUAUAUUAAAUAUCUAAAUGUGUGCCAGAAUAACUUUAACGUGACUUUCAUAUUUUAAAUCGUUCGAUAUAUUCGAGAUGAAAUAAGGAUGGGUUGUGAGAAUAGGGUUAAAUUAGAUAUAAAAUUUGUCACAAUUCGAAACAUUCCGUCCUAGAAGUAUUAUUUUAUGUUAUUUUAAAAUGAAUGUCUUCCAAACACAAUUUAGCUGUGGAAAUCUUUUAAAAGCGUAAAUAUAUUCUAAGAAUAUACUGUAUACCUUUUUAUAAAAAAUAAGUUUAUUUAUAUUUUCGAGUAAAAUGGUAGUUUUCGAUAACAUUGUGCGAAAUAAAAAUUAUAAUAUUUUACGAUGAAUUGUAGUAUUAUAUUAGAUCUUCGAGUAUUUCCCCUAUAAGUGUACCACAAAUAAUUCAUUAAACGCACGUAUGCAUACUUUUAAAUAAUCAUGAAAAAGCAGUUUUCAUAAAGAAAAUCAAUCCACAAUAUAUUUUAAGAAUUACCAACCUACGAAUUUUCAACCUCAUUUUAAAGAAAUAUCUGUUUUCAAUUAAAUUUUAUAGGUUCCAAUCUGAACCCAAUUGAUGUACUUAAAUAUACUUUUAUUAUUAUAACUUUUAUUAUAUUAUGUUCGCUAAGUUGAAGAGUUUUAUAAAUAAUUACGAAAUGCGAUUAUUAACAUAAAAUAUAUCACAUACAAAUUGUAUUUUAUUAAUGUAUUAUAUUAUUUCAAAUACAGUAAAUAUUGUUGA